GCAAUUCGUCAUCCCCACGACUAUGCGAUGCGCUCUUGUCGCCAGAGCACACGAGGGCCACAACGGCAUUGUCAAGACGCAAGCACGCCUUCGUGAGCUCUAUUGGUGGCCCCGCAUGAACGCAGAAGUGCGUAGUGCAGUCUGCGCCUGCAAAAUCUGUAACACCUCAGACAAGAGUGCCAAGACGUCACCAACCCCUCUCCAGCCAGUGCCCUUGCCAGAGCGACCUUGGUCAAAGGUGGGCAUCGAUGUCGUGGGCCCUUUUGAGCGAGCGGAGCCUGCGUGUCGCUACGCCAUCACGCUGGUGGACUACUUUUCCAAGUGGCCCGAGGUACAGUUCUGCCCAAACGUCACCACAAGGAGGAUCACGGACUUUCUGCGCGCCAUCUUUGCCAGAGAGGGGUACCCUGACAGCGUUGUGAGCGACAAUGGGCCACAGUUCAUUUCAGGCGAAUUUGAGACGUUCCUUAAAGUGCGAGGUAUAAAGCACCAGCUGGUUUCUGUCUACUACCCCCAGUCCAACGGGCAGGUUGAACGUUUCAACCGUACCCUGAAGGGUUUUCUCCAGUGCGCCACCCUUGAGCGGAGCAGCAUCCGGUCAUCCCUUGUAGACUACCUGAUGAUAUAUCGCUGCACGCCCCAUGCCAGGACUGGACUUUCUCCUGCUCUCCUGCUGCAUGGGCGGAAGCCUCGCACCCGCCUUAACAUCCUCGGACUGUCGUCGGCGCAGUUCUUGCAAAAUCCCAUCGAGGAGCUGCAACGGCUGCGACAUCGAGUGCAGCAGAGGCAGCAGUACACGAAGGAGUACACCGACCGGCGUCGAGCGGCGAAGACCCCCAGAUUCAGGGUAGGCGACUGGGUUAGAGUGAAGAAACCAGGAAAGGUAGCCAAGGGGGAGUCGGCCUUCGGGCCGCCACUACGCAUCAUGAAGCGGGUCGGUCGGUGGACAUUCCGGCUGGGAGAUGGUAGAGUGUGGAAUGCCUCUAAACUCGCAGCUGCUUCCGAUCCCAGUCUAGGAAGUGAUCAGCAGGGGACACUGGCUGCCGUUCAAGGUGGCCAGCCCGCGAGCCACACUGCUACUCCAGGUGACGCGCACCACAGGCAUCAUACUUGGCAACCUCAAGAGUCAAGUUCGGCCAUGCAGCAGCUGCCUCGAUCGCGGACGCCUGAGUGCAGACCUGCCCCGGACACGCCUCCAGGAAUGGGAACUUCAACUGCUCAGUGUCCUAGGCAGGUGCUUCUAAGGCGCUCGGGGCGGAACCGUCGACCACCAGUGCGGUAUGGAGACCUUGGUACUCGAUGAAAUGAGUGAACUAUUUCCU